GGGGAGUGACGCAGUUAUUGUACAUCCAUAGCUACUCCAUGCUUUUUUUGCUAGAUGACCUGAAAUAACACUUUUUUUUUUCCUCCCCCCCACCCAAAACAUUUUUGACGUCAAAUCCCUUUUUUUUAAAAAACGAAGAAGAGGGAUUCCUUGAAGCUGCAUGUCGAACAUCUGCUCCCCUUGAAAUUUGGAUGCCAUUCCGGUUGGAGGUUGCGGUGCACCCCGAGGACUAGAUGCGAUAACCAGGACGAGAUAUGCCGCAGCCGAAAUCACGAAAAAUCGCCAUCCUCGGGUACAGAUCCGUAGGAAAGUCCUCCUUGACGAUUCAGUUUGUGGAGGGCCAGUUUGUUGACUCCUAUGACCCUACAAUAGAAAACACUUUUACUAAAAUGAUCACAAUAAACGGACAGGAGUACCAUCUUCAGCUGGUAGACACCGCAGGACAGGAUGAGUACUCCAUCUUCCCACAGACGUACUCCAUAGAUAUCAACGGUUACAUUCUGGUCUAUUCAGUCACGUCUAAUAAAAGCUUUGAAGUUGUACAAGUUAUCCAUGAAAAACUAUUGGACAUGGUGGGAAAAGUUCAAGUACCAAUUAUGCUAGUUGGGAACAAGAACGACCUACAUAUGGAGCGAGUAAUCAGUUGUGAAGAAGGAAAAGCAUUAGCUGAGUCCUGGAACGCUGCCUUCAUGGAGUCCUCGGCUAAAGAGAACCAGACGGCCGUGGAGGUUUUCCGGAGGAUGAUCCUGGAGGCAGAGAAGAUGGACGGCGGCGUGCAGCCAGGGAAAACCUCCUGCUCCAUGAUGUAGAGCCGCCCAAUCAACACACAGGACACUGCACUGGGAAAUCCCGUUACUUGAAGGCUAGCUGCCAGUUCUCCUCCACCUCAGCUGACUCCACCCCCUCCAGGGUCCUAAAUAUCCAAUACUGUCUAUUUAUGGCUCUGAUUCCACUGUUAUUUAUCAGUAUUCCCUUUCGUCAUCCUCGUUUUUUCUUUGUGUGUUUGAUAAGAAAAUGAAGGAUGAGUGGUGGUUCCUGUGUCUUACAUUUUCCCACAAUCCACCUCUCCUCCUCUAUCUCUGUGCUCGGCACCGAUGCAAAACACAGAACAUCAUAUGGGUGUAUCAGAAAAAAUGUUUUCCCUGUGCUCGGUAAUGACGACAACCGUAACCAAGGCCAGAGAUGGUAGAGGCUUGAUGCAUCUUAGCUUCUCAUUAUGCAGCUCCCAUAUAUAGGCUACGAGCCCCUCCGCUGUUAAAAUAACAAGAGAUAAGAGAAAUGUCAUGUCUGCCAUGCACACGCUCUGAGAAUGGAUAAAAUGAAUCGAGACGUUUCUUCUGAUACAUCAUCAGCUGUUUGGUCUCGCCGAUAUAUACAGCUCUUUUUCUACUUCAUUUCCACGCAGUGCCCACUUCUCUCUGUCCCUCUGUUUCUUUUCAUAGCGGUUUCUGUCAGCCAAAAAUUUCUGCAUCCAUUUUCUAAUGUUGAAAAUGUUGUACAAAUGUUUUUGAUUGUAAUCAUUAAAGCAAAAAGUGGUUAUGUAAA